UUUUUUUUAUAUUUUAUGGAAUUUGUUGUAACUGUAGAAAAAGAAAUAAAACUUUGAACAAUUAGGAACCACUAUGGACGUUCACUGUUGAUAGUUUUCUAACGGCUGCAUCCAUCAGUAUGAAGAUAUGAAUAGGUUUGGGGGCACCAUAAAAAUGUAUAAACGCUGUGGUAGAGUUGGACUUCAUCUUCCUACAUGAAUGACAUAUACAAUACGUAAACUUCUGGCUUUUCAAUCUCCACUGAAGGCUUAAAUACUGUCUUCAAUCCAAGCCAAGCAAAGUUUAUGCAAAGACUUCCAUCUCUUAUCCAAAAAUCAGUCUUUACUCGUUCAUAUUACUCGAAAAUGCCACACGCAGUGACGAUCGCUAAACAAAAAGUUAUCGUGAAUGGCUGCACGAAUGACGAUGAGUUUAACAAAGUGAUGUCAUUCGAGCCAUUUAAAGACUGGUUGUCCGCCUUCAAUAAACAGCAAGAAGAGCGUGAAGAAGAGCUCAAACUAGAAUCUAUUGACAUUCAAAAUAUUGAUUACUUUAAAUCUGACAAGAUUGGAUUUAUCAAAUUCAAAACCAAUGCGGUAUAUAAUGAAACCGGUAAAAGUGUGCCGGGUAUCGUAUUCAUGAGAGGCGGGGCUGUGUCAAUGAUGAUCAUCCUUAGAACGAAAGAGGAAAAAGAUAAACUUAUCCUGACACUUCAACCGCGUAUACCUGUGCCCCAUCUAAGCUUUCCAGAAUUGCCUGCUGGUAUGCUGGAUGGCUCAGGCAAUUUCUCCGGAACUGCUGCUAAAGAGAUUGAAGAGGAAACAGGCCUCCAAAUCAAAGAGAACGAAUUAGUCGACUUGACAGAAUUAGCCUAUGGUGACCAAUGGAAGGGGGCUUACACGUCUGCGGGAGGUUCAGAUGAGUUUUUAAGAUUAUUCGUCUGCAUUAAGCAAAUGGAAAAGUCUAAAGUCGAAAAACUGGAAGGUAAACUAACUGGACUUCGAGACCAAGGUGAAAGCAUAACACUCAAGCUGGUUAAUCUGGAGGAUGCAUGGAAACAUUCACCAGAUGUCAAGUUGCUGUCCAGUUUAGCAUUAUAUAACGCUUUAAAAUCAAAAAUUGACCAAUAAAGAAAAGCUAAAAAGGAAAUUCUUUUUUGCGCUUGUUUACCUUACCAUUUAAAGAAAUACCACGAAAUUGUUU